CAACUGAAUGCUCAUUCAACUUUCAAGGUUUCCUCCAUAUAUUGUGCAGCAUCUUUGGCAAGGGUAGUAACAAAAUUAAUAUGAAAUAUGUAACGUACCCUUUUUUUUCUGCUCUCUUGUUUUUUUUCUAUGUAGUAGGACAGGGCAAUAGGUGUACCAAUGAAGCAGUAUAACUUCCGAACAACGUAUUACUUUCGCUGGUAUUUUAAUUGAACUUUAAGGUUCAAAAUCUAUGUCUUCUCCAAAAGUGCAUUAAGGAUGUCCAAUUCCAUUAUACCUGCCAUCCUUCAUUAAUUAGCCCAAAUAACAUGUUCUUGGGGUUGUUUUAUACAUAUGGGUUACUACCUCCAAUCGUUAAUCAAAUCAAUUGGCCUUACCUUGUUUCAAUUCAUUCUUUUAAAGACUAUUUUGUUUCUCUUGUUACAUUGUUAACAUUUUCAUAGCCUAUAAUACCAUGACUGCCAAAGCACAUAAUGAAAUAUGCAGAUUAAGCCCUCAAAAGCUUAUCCUGAUCAAACACAAUCGAGGUAAUUUUACAAUUGUCAUCUUAAUCACUUGUGUCACAUUCCUCAUUGCAUUGCACACCCAGUUCUUCCUUCAAACUCCACCACCACCAUCAUCAUGGGAAACUUCAAUCUUCAACACCACUCACAACGAGCUCAAUUCCACGGUCCAUAAGCUUCGUUCCUCGGUCACGUUUCUUCCACUCAAGGAUCUCCGCCAUGCACGUGCACCCCUUGAAGGCCACACAUGGUUCAUGAGUUCCAUGUAUGACACACACGAAGAUGGUGAGGUCCAAUACCAGCAAUUCCCAUCAGAAUCAUCACAUGGUAAGCUUCUAUGUCUCAAAGGACGCGACACGCAUGACGGGUCAUGGAACUCCUAUGCUUUGGCAUGGCCUGAGGCUUUGCCUUAUAACACCACCUUCAUGAGAGGCUUAACUUUUGUGUCAUAUAACCAUUACAACUAUGAGAAUUUGUGGCAUGGUUUAUGUGCCAUGGUCCCAUUUGUGGCUUGGCAUAAGAUGAAUAAUAGCUCACAAUUGCCCUCAAGGUGGGUUUUGUAUCAUUGGGGUGAGCUAAGGUUCAAGAUGGGCCUGUGGGUUGACACCUUGAUGGAGGCCACCUUUAAUGGGCCACCAAUUAUUGAAAAGUUUGAUGGAGUUAAUGAAGAUGGGCCAGUGUGCUUUGAGGAGGCUGUGGUUAUGAGGCACAAUGAGGGUGGCAUGUCAAGAGAAAGAAGAAUGGAAGUGUAUGAUCUAAUGAGGUGCAAGGCUAGGAUGUUUUGUAAUGUGAGCUUAAAGGGGAGUGAUGUAGAAAUCAAUGAUAGAGGAUCACCAAUGAUAGGGAUGACUUUGUUUUUCAGGACAGGACCAAGAUCUUUUAAGAAUGACACAAUUGUGGCUGAAAUCUUUCAUAAGGAGUGUGCUAAGAUUGAAGGUUGCCGGUUUAUGGUAGCUCAUUCCAAUAAUCUCACCUUUUGUGAGCAGGUGAAAUUGAUGAGUGUGACAGAUAUUUUGAUAUCUCCACAUGGUGCUCAAUUGACCAACAUGUUUCUCAUGCAAAGAAACAGCAGUGUCAUGGAAUUCUUUCCCAAAGGGUGGCUGAAACUUGCUGGUGUUGGCCAAUAUGUUUACCAUUGGAUAGCUAGCUGGUCAGGAAUGAAACACCAAGGUAGCUGGAGGGACCCAAGUGGGGAUGAAUGUCCAUAUUCAGACGAUGAUCGGAGAUGCAUGUCGAUAUACAAGAACGGUAGAAUUGGACAUAAUGAAACCCUAUUUUCAGAGUGGGCUAGAAAUGUUUUGGCUGAGGUCAAGACAAGAAAGAUUCAAGAAACUUCAAUAAAGAGAAGAGCUUCUAGCUCUUUUGGUGGUACUUGUAGCUAAAUAGUAUCACUUUUGAACAAUGUACAUUUUUCUUAUAUGAUUAUAUCAUCAUCAAGGUUACUGAAUCCUUAAUUAAGGUGGCUCAACUAUAAGAGGAACUCAUGAAUUUAAUUC